AGGAGCUGUAGUGAGUUCCAGCUGUUUUCUGAAGUUCUGCUCGAGCGGUGAACAACUGUCAGUGUUUGUUUUUCUAACUUUACUCAAACACAGACUUGUGACAUCAUCAUGGCGCUGACCGACGCUGACGUGCAGAAACAGAUCAAACACAUGAUGGGCUUUAUUGAACAGGAGGCCAUUGAGUCAGUGGAGGAAAUUCAUGGCAAGGCGGAGGAGGAGUACAACAUCGAGAAGGGUCGUCUGAUUCAGACCCAGAGGGUGAAGAUCAUGGGUCACUACGAGAAGAAGGACAAGCAGAUUGAACAGCAGAAGAAAAUCCAGAUGUCCAACCUGCUGAACCAGGGGAGGCUGAAGGUGCUGAGGGCCCGAGACGACUUGAUCGGGGAUUUGCUGAACGAGGCUCGUCAGAGACUUGCAGAGAUCGCCAAGGACCCUGUGGCGUACUGCACCCUGCUGGAGGGCCUCAUUCUUCAGGGAUUCUAUCAGCUGCUCGAGCCAAAGGUCACGAUUCGCUGUCGACAGCAGGAUGUAGAAAUCGUUAAGGAUGCCGUGAUUAAGACCAUACCCAUCUAUAAAGAGGCAGUGAAGAAAAACAUUGCCGUCAGAAUCGACCAGGAACGUUUUCUUUCAUCAGGAAUCUGCGGAGGAGUAGAAGUGUAUAAUGAUAACGGGAAGAUCAAGGUUGCCAACACUUUGGAGAACAGGCUAGAGCUUAUGGCUCAUCAGGGAGUACAAUAGUUGGUUGUGCAGCCUGAGGAGAAUGCAUCACAGGCUCGGCUCCAUUCACGCACAGUGGUGACCCUGCCAAAAACACAGACAACGGUGCCCCGGCCCAAGCCAGCCUCCAGCUCCCAGACCUCUAAUUCCCCUCAAACUGCACUGGUACGCCCGGCUCACACAGUUCACUCAGCACAGCUCCAAACGAGGGACCCAGCUUUCACAACCCCUCGUUCUCUUCCAUCACACAGACAUAGCAGUGGGGAGCGGGGGGUCUUACCUCUGUCGGUGCAUCCCACAGGCAGGAUCAGGCUGUCCACUUUCCUUUCACUUCAACAAUGCGUGCAGCAGCGGUAGUCAAGCGAGAGCGAAAUGAGAGAGCCGGCCGCCACUCAGGGGCCGUUGCACAAACACCAGCAUUGUCCCACUGCCUAAGUCCCUCCCUCUCGUGGUGACUCCCCUGUGUGACACAGCCGCAGCAACACAGCUCUGCACUAACACAACUUGACAUAAACUCAUGCCUGUGGAGCUGCUGCAACAAGACAUGCAAGAAAGAACACAGCAGAGGCGAACACACAAUUAUAAAGGAUCGGUGUGUGUUGUUUCUGAGAAGAUACAGAUGAGAGGAACAGAAAGAAAAAAUAGAGGGUGUCCAUCUGUAAUUAGCUUUCUGCUCAACAGCCCCUGAUAUUACAUAAUACCUCAGGAUGCACUGAAUGUCACACGGGUUCAUAGAUUUACAAUUACUGAGUUAACCGUUGUAUGAUCAUUGCCGUUUGGGAGAUUUUUACAAUUAUAAUGAAUUUAAUAGAAGACGUGUAAAGGAAGAGAGAGUUAUGCAAGGACAUCAACAAUAAGAGCAUGUGAUCGCCACCACAGCAACCACUCGAUGCCCCUUAACCAUGUUUUCAUGAGCAUUGACUGAUGUAUUGAUUCCCUGGUAAUGGAAAAUGAGUGAUCGGUGAUAAUGUCACUCGUCAGCAGUGGAAAUCUUUAAUUGAAGAUGAUGUUUUUCUAAUAGGCCACGUCAUUCACUGUUGGGAAAUGAGGUGAAAAAAUAAAACUGCUUGUUGCAAACACGCUGCAACACUGUGUGGCAAUCACA